AUGAACACUUCCAUGGUCAAGUCCCGGUUCCUCUCUCACCCAGAGGACCUCGGUGUCGUAGCCGUUGGCUUCUCCGGUGGCCAGUGCAAGCCCGGUGUUGACGCCGCACCCUCCGCUCUCAUCGAGUCUGGUCUCCUCACCCAACUGCGAGACGAGCUCAACUACAAGCUCCAUGGCCACGACACGGUACACUCGUACACGGACCUCGUCCCGAAGGAAGACCCCCCCUUCCGGGGCAUGAAGAACCCCAAGGCCGUCAGCAGCGUGACCGAGCGCCUCUGCGACCAGGUCUACGAGCACGCCAAGGAGGGCCGCAUGGUCCUGACCCUCGGCGGCGACCACUCCAUCGCCAUCGGCACCAUCGCCGGGACCGCCAAGGCCAUCCGCGAGAGACUGAACCGCGAGAUCGCCGUCAUCUGGGUCGACGCGCACACCGACAUCAACACCCCCGAGACGAGCGACUCUGGCAACGUCCACGGCAUGCCCGUCAGCUUCGUCACCGGACUCGCCAAAGAGGAGAAGCCCGAGUACUUCGGCUGGCUGAAGCCCGAGAACCUCCUCAACAUCAAGAAGCUCGUCUACAUCGGCCUCCGCGACGUCGACCCCGGUGAGAAGCGAAUCCUGCGCGAGAACGGCAUCAAGGCGUUCAGCAUGUUCGACGUGGACCGAUAUGGAAUCGGACGCGUCGUCGAGAUGGCGCUCGCACACAUCGGUGCCGACACCCCCAUCCACCUAUCCUUCGACGUCGACGCGCUCGACCCGAUGUGGGCGCCCAGCACAGGUACGCCCGUUCGUGGCGGCCUUACACUGCGCGAGGGCGACUACAUCUGCGAGAGCGUGCACCUGACGGGCAGCCUCGUGGCUAUGGACCUCGUCGAGGUGAACCCGAGCCUCGCGCCCGAGAUCGACUUCGGCGCGCACGAGACCGUCCGCGCGGGCUGUUCGCUGGUGCGAUGCGCGCUGGGCGAGUCGCUGUUUAAACGAACAUACGAGCAAACGAACGGCCCAAGUAUCGCUACAGGCCUAUACGCCCUACCCUAUUCGAUCAAACCCAUUGCCGGCGACGCUGCUACCGCAGUUUUCAAUCCCCAUACCGGAUUCCGUAACACCCGACCGGACGGGAGGUAUCGCACGAGCAGCACGCCGACACCACCACCAUCACUACCCCUAAUACUGCCGACCACCACACCUCGCCCCAGCGAACCUCAACCUCCGGGAACAACAACCACCACCACCAAAAAAAAAACGGCAACCGACAAGGACAGCACCACCCACUCCGCCAACCUCUCCACCAUGGCCGCCGCAUCGCUCCGCACGGGGUCGGGGCACGGGUCCACCGUCUUCGAGCGCCGCAUCGCCCGCAUCCACCGGUACCACUGGCCCGCGGCGCAGCUGAACCUGUGGAUGUUCGUCAUGCUCGCCGCCUCGUGCUGCAUCAUCGGCAUCCUCGCCACCUUCAUCGGGAUCCAGCAGCAGCUGCUGCUGAACAUACCUUGGUACUUCCCGUACUUCAUAACCGUCGCCGCCCUGACCAUCGUCUUCAUCGCCUCCCUCCUGUGGCUGAUCGCGCAGCGGCGGCUGCUCCCCUCCAUCGUCAUCCUGGGCUCCUUCAUGUUCUUCGUGCUGUGGCUGGUCGGGCUCAUCGUCGUCAGCAUCGAGCUGUGGGGGCCCGUCGGCUCCGUGAGCUCCAACUGCAACCUGCUGGUCUGGAGCACGGACCCGACGGGGAACAACCAGGGCACGCUGGCUUGGCUGGAGCAGAGGAGCAUAUGUCAAUCGUGGCAGGCUGUCUUCGCGUUCGGUCUGAUCGGAUGCAUAUUUUUGCUGUGGAUCAUAGUCAUGGCGGUACAGGUGUUUUAUGACGAUGCUUGAUCUCGUCCCAUAUUUACCUAACCUACCUACACAUAAACACCACCUCACCUCUUCUACAGCAGCAGCAGCAGUAGUAGUAGUAGCUGUGGGCUGUGUGCAAAUAUGCGCGUGUAUAUACCUCCGCGGAGGACUGACGGGGGAUAGAUAUCCAGGGGAAUGAGAAAAGAUAACGAUAUGAGUAGACGCGAACGUGGUAACGAAGCCGUUGAGUUACGCAGACGCGGAUGGAUGAGUGUGGUAAUGGGCACUAGGAAGGGGGUUGGAGUCACGCAUGACGAUUUUCGCAUGCAUACACGGCGUCACGGGAUGGAGUUACAGGCACUUACUUGCCUGAACAUUUUCCAUCAGUCACGAUAUCCAUCGUUUUAUCCUGCUAAGAGAAGCAGAUCAUUGGUACGACACAUCACAUUGAGCAAAGGGUAACUCGGCCAUUUUCUUUUUGGCUGUUUUUUACCAAAUAAAUCUCAUUAGAUUAAUAAAAAUGUAUAAAAAGAAGCACUUUGGCUUUCUAAUUUAGGUAUGGGAGUCAUUCCCCUAAUUAUGUCUGGCCUGUUUAAAACUUCAUAUCAUCGUCGGUGUAUGUGUGCACCUGGGCAGUGACAUCACCAUCCAUUAACUCCUAUUCCACCACACGUCUAGUUGGAGUACUUGGGAUCGACCUUUUUCCUAUGCGCCGACUUGUAUUAGCAUCUGAUGUCUA